UGCUGCAACCAUGACGACAACACCGCGAUCAACACCAGUAGUGAGCGCUGCUGGGAUCGUCGAUAGGGAAGAUGGUGAACGUGCUAUUCCACAAAGUGUGAGAGCUGACGGGAGUGUGAGGAAGGAGAGAAAAGUUAGACCAGGAUUUCAACCUGUAGAAGAUAUACAAAGAUAUAAACCACCUCAAAGUCGCUAUAGAAGUCCUGGGUCACUACCAUCCUCACCUCGGCAACUUGAUAAGAACACUAUAGCAGGGCAGCAAGAAACAGACAAAAAAACCAUCAUUCAGGGAUUAGAAUCACUUAUUUCUGAGAACAAACCAGAGAAGAAGACUGAGAAGAAGACGGAGAAGAAAGAUGAUGCUAUUCUCCAACAACCUGCUGAUACAGAUAUUAUCGCACAAAAAGACAAACAGGACACCACAAAGGAGGAAGACGAACUCACUUCCAAACUGGCGGAUAUGCAACUCGGAUCAAUGGCGUCAGUCUACGCGACAGCAGAUCCAAAUGAACGGGUAGAAGAGCAACCACAAGUACAUCGUGGACGUGGCAGGGGACGAUCGAGAGGUCGGCCAAGGGGUACUCGGGGACGUAAACCAUGAUAAAUUGUAACAAUAAGCCAAAACUAUCCUCAUAUAACGCGUUCUUGUAUAUCAUCAUCAGUCGGCCUAAUACCCAAUUCUUCAGCAGUUGGUAAACGUGUUUGUACUUGCUUUUGUUUAGCUACAUCUUCAGGAUCCGAGAGGAGUACAGCUGCGACGAUACAGACUGCCUCAAAGAAGAUUACACCGACUACACGAAUAGUCGUAUCCCAUUUAUCUCUCUCCACUUCGGUUCUCAAUUCACCUGUCGCUACUGUUAUCCUAUUGUUAAGUGAUUGUACGUUUAUUUCAAAGGCUUUGCCAUCAGAUUGUGUCUCAUCUUUGCGAUUGUUCAUAUCUAAUUCUAUGUCGUCUUUGAGACUUCCUACAUCUUCUUUCAUUUUCUGUUCUAAACCGUCGACUUCGCGUGUGAGAGCUGUGGUCAGGCUCCUCAAAGCACUGGCGUCUGCACGCCCUCUUAUGCUCAAUUCCACGCGAAGCUCUGUUAGAGCAGCUUUGAAAAGGUAGCUUGA